GCAAACGACGAAGGCGUACGAAAGGAAAAGCAUAAGAUUCCACAUUGACGCAUCAAAAUCAAGACCCAACACAGUUCCCAGAAAGGUAUCCUUGUAGAACAUUGAAAGGAACAAAACAAAACCAACAUUUCCUUUCUUGUUUUUCCGUGCUUUCUCUUCUCUGAACCUGCAGUCUCUGAUCCCUCUCUUUCUCUCUCUCCAGACUUUCUCUGAGCCAGACCCAAUGAGUUUUCUGCAACUGCUGCAUGGCCUUUGUGGCUGAUCUGGCAUAAAUGGAAGAAGUUCUUGGACAAAUUUUCUGUGUAUGUCAGAUCUUUGCUGGGGAUUAACAACACAAUCUUCAAUGGUAAAACCAAAAGUGUCCCGCUGUCCAACUAUAUUCUAUAGGCCUAUACAACCCUCUGACCUCGAGAUUUUAGAGCAAAUCCACGGUGAUUUGUUUCCCAUCAGGUAUGAGUCUGAGUUCUUCCAAAAUGUUGUCAAUGGACGUGAAAUCGUAUCGUGGGCUGCUGUUGACCGCAGUCGGCCAAAUGGUAAAAGUGAUGAACUCGUUGGAUUUGUAACUGCACGAAUAGUACUUGCAAAAGAAAGCGAGAUAGCAGAUAUGCUCAGAUAUGACUCAUUGAAAUCAGAUCAAACUUUAGUCUACAUUUUGACGCUGGGAGUAGUAGAUGCCUAUAGAAAUUGCGGCAUAGCUUCUUCAUUAAUUCGGAAGGUCAUAAAAUAUGCCUCAAGUAUUCCAACCUGCCAAGCCGUUUACUUGCAUGUCAUUUCUUACAACAAUCCUGCAAUACAUUUGUACCAGAAAAUGUCAUUUAAGUGUAUAAGAAGGUUGCCAGGUUUCUACUUAAUCAACGGUCAGCAUUAUGACUCAUACUUGUUUGUCUACUAUGUAAAUGGCAGUCGUUCUCCUUGCUCACCACUGAGAGAAUUCUACCAGAGAUUAUGGGUUUCAAAAGUUGCCUCGUCAACUGGAGAGCUUGUUACCAGCAUGGUGGGUUACAUGAGGAGUGGUUUUAAGACGUUGGCUGCAAAGCUAUACAAGAAUGAGGAUAGGAAGGUCCCAAAAUGGCCCAAAUGUAAAGAAACCCAUUCUCUUAUAUCAACCCAAAGCAAAAGAAAUUUGACCGCUGAAUGCGCUGGAGGCGAGUGUGUUUGAUUUGUUUGCUCCCGUAAAUCAAUGUAUACCUUUCUGCCGCUUGCCUGCCUUCUUCCCCUAAUUUGUACUUAUUCUGAAGCACAUGAAAUAAUGCCUUCUUGAAAUAAACUUUAGUGUUCUUGAAUA